CUAGUGAAUGAAUUGAUUUCAGACCAUAAUAUUGACCAAUUUUGUUCAACAGAGACCAGGUUAAACUACGUUAACUUAAAUGAAUCCACUAUUAACUUUCACAUCCCCAGAGAAUCUGGUAGGGGGGGAGGAGUCGCAGCCAUCUGUCACUCAACUUUACCAGUAAACCCACAACCUAAACUUCAUUAUCAAACAUUACGAACCAUCGUUCUCAGUAUUUCACACCCAGCCCAGCACCUACGACUUGUUAUUGUGUACCACCCCCCUGGUCCCUAUUCCGAGUUUUUAACUGAUUUGCUGGAGUUCCUAUCAAAUCGAGUAAUUUGUGUAAAUAAAAUAAUCAUAGUGGGUGACUUUAACAUUCGUAUGGACGUAAACAAUGACAGCCUAGCCUUCUCAUUCACUUCACUAUUAGAUGCAAGUGAGUUCUCCCAUGUAGUGGAUGAAGCUACUCACUGUCACAAUCACACACUUGAUCUUGUGCUGACAUAUGGCAUUGAUGUUAAACGCUUAACAAUAUUUCCACAAAAUCCUGUUCUGUCAGACCAUUUUCUAAUCCCAUUUGAAUUCCAAAUAGUUAACUACACACCAGUAGACAAAACACUACCUAGCACUAAUACAUUCAAAGAUGCUAUCACCCCUCUCCUCAAUUUACUACCCUUCAAAGAAAUCUGA